UGCCAGCAGCAAGAUGAACUACAGCUGGGAUUCUGUGGGCACUUCUCCUCAUCGGAAGGUGUACACAGACCCUUCCAAGAACCUGGCUCGGACCCUGAGCUACUCAUCCCCUACCUUCCGCGCCCAGAACUGGUCCAGGGUAACCGGUAGCGUUAGCUCUCCCAGCAAGCGGGCGAGUGGCCAGGGUUUCAGCUCGGCAGCUCACAGAUCUUCGGAGAUUGUGGAAUUCAGUCAGUCUUCUUUGUUCACUAGUGAAGGCAAGGUGCUGGGCGCCAAUGAGAAGGAGCUGCUGCAGGGGCUCAAUGACCGCUUCGCCGGCUACAUUGACAAGGUCCGCCAACUGGAACAGCACAACAAGGCUCUGGAGGCAGAAAUCACUGACCUGAGGCAAAAGCAGAUCUCUUCCACCCGCCUGGCCAGCAUUUAUGAGCCCGAGAUCAGAGAACUGCGCCAGCUCGUUCAGGAGAUAGGCAGCCAAAAGAGCCAGGUCUUGCUGGAGAGAGAGCACCUGGCAGAAGACCUGCAGCAGCUCCGGGCCAAGUUUGAAGAAGAGACGCGAGUUCGAGAUGAGCUCCAGGCAAACAUCCAAAUGUGUAAGAAAGACAGGGACGCUGCUCACUUAAUGAAACUGGAACUGGAGAAGAAAGCUCAGGCGCUGGCGGAUGAGAUCGACUUUCUGAAGAACAAUCACGAGGAAGAGGUGGCUGAUCUCUUCUCUCAGAUCCAAGCUUCCCAGGUCGGUGUGGAAUUGAAAGACAUCAUGAAGCCAGACCUGACCGGAGCCCUGAGAGAGAUCCGGGCGCAGCUGGAAGGCUACACCACUGUGAACCUGCAGCACGCUGAGCAGUGGUUCCGCACCAAAGUGGCUAAACUCAACGAAGCUGCAGAAUUGAAUAAUGAAGCCAUCCAGAGCACCAGGCAAGAGAUCAACGAGUACCGCAAGCAGCUCCAAACCAAGAGCAUCGAGCUGGAGACGGUCAGAGGCACCAAAGAAUCCCUGGAAAAACAGCUCAGCGAUAUUGAGGAAAGACACGACGCAGAAUUAGUCCAAUACCAGGAUACCAUCCAACAAUUGGAAAACGAGCUGAAAAACACCAAGUGGGAGAUGACUCUCCACCUGAGGGAAUAUGAAGAUCUGCUGAAUGUCAAAAUGGCUUUGGAUGUGGAGAUUGCCUCCUACAGGAAACUGCUUGAAGGCGAAGAGACGAGAUUUGGCUCAAUUGCAGGUAGCUACACUCCUCCUUCAUAUACAUACAGACAAGUACAACCCAUGACUCAUUCAGUUUAUGUCACGACAAAGGCCAAGAGCACUCCCACAAAGGCUGCCCCUCAGUACAAAUUUGUGGAAGAAAUUAUAAGUGAAACAACAAAGGAGGUUGAUAUGGCCGAGCUGGAAGAUACCAUUCAAAGAGUUAUCUCCGACGAUGGGUCUGGUGAAAAAUUCGAUGAGGAGGACCAAACCAAGCAGGAAGAUGAAGAAGAUAAAGAUGAAGCGACAACAGCUGAAGCUUCGGAUGAAGAGGAGGCUGAGAGGGGCAGUGAAACAAAAGAAGAGAGUGCAGAGGAAGAAGCUAUAGAGGGCAAAGAAGCCAAAGAGGAUGAAACAAUGGCAACAGGAGAAUCUGAAGAGAAAGAAAGUACUGAAACAAAAGAGGAGAGUGAAGUAGAAGAGGCAACAGAAAUAAAGGCUAAAGAUGAAUCUCCAAAAACAAAAGAAACUGAAGGGCAGGAUGCUGCUGAAAUGAAAGAUAAGGUUGAAGAGGAAACUGCAGAUUCUAGAGAAGAAGAGGAAGAGAAUACAGAAGCAAAUGAGCCUGAAGAACUAGAAACUAUAGAAACAAAAGACAAUGCUGAGCAGCAAGAAGUUAAAGACACUGCAGAGGAAAACGUUGCUGAGAAGAAACAGGGCAAAGAAGACAGCACAGAGAGAAAAGAGUCUGAAACACAAGGAAGAGCGGAAAUGAAGGCAGAUGCUGAAGAGGAAAAAAUUGCAAGUCCAAAAGAGAAAGCCAAAAGCGAGAAGCAAGCAGCUACUGAAGAAGAUCAGACUGAACCAAGUGACACUACAGACAAGAGAAAUGGCAAGGAACAGGAGGAAGAUCAUGUGACUCAACAAAAGGAGGAGUCAAAAGGAACAAGCACAAAUCAAAAAGAUGAGCCCCAGCCUGUGGCUGAAGAAAUUGCAGAGGAAAGUAAAGAUACAAAGAAACCAGAUAAACCAGAGCCAGAGUCAGAUAAAGUGAAAGAAGAGCCGAAAACAGAUGAAAAAGAAGCUGCUUCUCAGGAAUUGGCAAAAGAAAGUGAAAAACAGACAGUUAAAGUUGAAAAAGUGCAAGCAAAUGAAGUAGCAAGGGUGUCAGAAACUUCAGAGCAAACAGAAAAUUUUACAGAACAACCAAAAGAAGAAAAAGUCAAAGACAAAAAAACUGAUGUCCCUAAGAUGGAGGAGAAAGAAGCAAGCAAAGACAACACUGUAACAUUGGAAGGAACGAAAACUGACAAAGAUAGCAGCAAAAAACAGUCUAGCAAAGAAAGUGAAGAAAAAACGGUGAAAGCCUCAGAAGCAGAGAAAAUGCAAGAAAAGGUUGUAAGUGACACUCCUGAAAGCAAGAGCACACAGUCUACAGCCAGAACAGCAGAGACCAUCAUAAACGGCUUGGACAUCAAAGUGGAUAAAGAAGAGAUGGACGUUGAAACUGACAACAAAACUACAAAAGUCUCAACGGAAGCAGUGCAGAAAAUUGCAGAGGAAACCAUCAAAAGCAAAGAAGAGAUUGUGAAAAUCACAGUGACCAGCACAACGAAAAAAGAAGUGAUUAACGAAACAAAAAAAGAAGAAAAGUCCUUGACAGCUUCAUCAGAUACUCAAAAUGAAGCCAAAGAAGGUAUAUGAAUGCCAGAAAUAGUGAUAAAUCAGACAGUAAGAAAUGCAUGUUACACAGUAAAGGUCUAGCACUUCAGCAAUUUAAGAACAUAGAAAUGAAAUGUAUGUUUCUGCAAUAGGAAGUUUGGGAUUUUCUCAGGGGAAUAAUUUCAAUUUUAAUUUAUUGCUGCAUGAAUAAUUGCAUAAUUAAACAUUGCCAUUGCUGUGGCGUGCUUACAAAUAUCUUUGACUUUGAGAAAUAGGUUUGAUGUUGAUGGAAUCAAUACAACAGAAAAAGCCUUAAUUUUCCUGUUGAUUUUAAUAUAUUUAA